AAUGUGAUAUUGUUCCACCUGAUAUUCUAGUAGUGUAACAAUACUCCUGGGGUUAACAUGCUUCUAAUAGAUAAUCAUUGUGCUAGACUCAUCCUACCAGCACUGAUUAUCUGUUACACUGACGCCAUACCUACAAACUUAGAUUCUGAGCAGACCUUGGGAAGUUUACAAGAUCCAUACAAUCCAUCAAUAAAUCCUGUUAAGCCAUAUCAACCUCUAGAGGAUCCCCAUGAAUCCAUAUCUAAGGAUCAGGAAUCAGUUUCGGAUCCAUCAGAGUAUAAACUAACAGAUGAUGUUGCUCUUCUCGAAGAUUCUCUUUCUAAACUACAACAAGAAAACGAAGGACUAAAACAAGAUUCUUACAAAGGAAGACAGAUAACAGCUCCAGAUACCGACAAAACACUGGAAUCCACUUCAAAUCCGGAGAAAUAUGCACCUUAUCUUGAUCUAGAAUCCAAUAAACCGCCUAAUGAUGCGUUUAAAUACAUUGAAAAAACAUCAGGUUCGAAGGAAACCGAAGGAAUACUUUCAAGUGAGAUUCUUAAAAGCUCCAAUUUGUCGUCCGCAAACUUGGAUGAAUUGCCCAUUGAAGAAUUAGUUAGUUCCCUUCAACAACUGGAAAGUUUGGACACACCAAUUGCUGGAAAAGACAAAGCAAAAAAUGAAAAAGAAAAUGUCUAUUCUUCAAAAGAUAAUAGGGGGAUAGUAAAGGAAAGAGGUGAGAAAGAGAAUGAAAGAACUUUAAAUAAAGAAAGAGAAGAAGAAGAAAAACUGACAGAGGAUCUUAAAAGAACAGAAGAGGAGAUAAGAAGAGAAGAGGAUAGAUAUGAUACAACUGAAAACUCUAUACCUGUCGAACUGUGUAUGGAAAAUGAAGAAGAACAUAAAAAUGGAGAUUCUUGGAUGUGUUGUGACGGCUGCAACAAAUGCAAAUGUGUUGUUGACAGUAUUAUCUCAACUAAAAGAGCUUGUUCCCCAUACCUGAAUAAAUGCAAAACAAAAAUAAACAAAAAUGAAAUUAAUAAUUCUAAGUCAAUUGAGACUUAUUCAUCAACAUCAGAAAGUUAUAAUAGCGAGCAAGAGAAAAGACAAGGUGCUUUAAACAAUUAUGGGAAUUUCACAUAUCACGAAGAAAACGUCAAUGAGAACUCAAAUUCUGAGGAAGUUCACCGUGGGAAGAAUUGUAUUGAAAAUGGAGAACAGAAAGAAGAUGGGACGUCAUGGGAUUGUUGUGACGGUUGCAAUAGAUGUAAGUGUGCUGAUGGAAGAAUAAUCUCAACUGAAAGAGCUUGUUUUGCAAACCUUGAUAAAUGCAAAACCAAAAGAAAUCAAAAUGAAACCAUCAAUUACAUUUCAACUGAAUCAUACACCCCAACUUCAGAACGUUAUAGUCCUGAUAAGAUUAAAACUACUUAUGCCCCAACUACUGAAGAAGUUCAACUUAGUAAGGAUUGUAUUGAAAAUGGCGAAGUUAAAGAAGAUGGUUCAUCAUGGGAUUGUUGUGACGGUUGCAAUAGUUGUUCCUGCAAGGAUGGUCUGAUUGUGUCAACAAAACAGUUUUGUCCCCCCAGAUUAGGAAGAUGCAAUAAAAAAGUUUCUGAUGCACAAGAAAUUCCUACAACACUCCCCACUGGAAACCCUUACACAGUUGACGCAGAAAAGAAAGAAGUUCCAGAAAGUGAAAAGCUCUUUGAUGAAAUAUCCCACAUGGAGUCAGAUAUUGCAGAAAGUUUAGGAGCUAAACCUGUAAAUAUCACUAAAGUUAUAGACCAAUAUCAAAAUGCAACCAACAGCCCUAUUCCUGUUCAAAAUAAAGAGGGAGAAUACAGACAACCCAUUCAGCCAAACCUUCAGCAGACUGAUGUGUAUCCUCAUAAAAAUCAGAAAGAUCUUUUUGCUGAAAUAAAUAAUAUGCUUGAGAAUAUUAACAAAGAACAUGAAAAGAAUAUGGAGAGCAUCAAGAACACCAAUGCAUAUUCAGAGUUGGAAAAUCAAAUCAAUUCUUUAACCAAGCAAAGAGUUAAUGAACCAGAAGUCUAUGACCCAUCUAAUAUGACAAUUCAAUUGACAGCUGCAGAGGAGCAUUCAAGUAAACUGGACCAAGAAAACUCUUCAGAAACUCCUGAUAAACUGCUGGUGGAUAUAUCUACAGAUGAUGUUCAAGAUGUUGAUAAUGAUGGACAUACAUAUCAUCUUCAUCUUAAACAAAGAUUACUGAAAGAACUUGGAGACUCUGGAAAAAACUAUGUCAUCCACAUCAAGAUUCCAGAAAAAUAUGACUUUAACAACAACAAGAAUAUAUAUCAUUUUAACUUUCCACCAAUUCUUCGUAAUACCCCAAACUCAGAAGACAAUCAGACAUAUCCACCAGUGGGUCCUGUUGAAGCAAAACAAUACCCUCACGGCAGUCCUAGUCAAGUUAAACAGUAUCCUCCAACUGGUCCUGCUGAAACAAAACAAUAUCCUCCACCUGGUCCUGGUGAAGAAAAACAAACUCUUUCAGCUGGUUCUGGUGAAGUUAAAGAAUAUCCUCCAGCUGGUCCUGGUGAUGUGCAACAAUAUCCACCAGCAGGUUCUGCUGAAGUUAAAGAAUAUUCUCCAACUGGUCCUGGCGAAAUUAAACAAUAUUCACCAGCUGGUCCUGCUGAAGUUAAAAAAUAUUCUCCAGCUGGUCCUGGUGAAGUUAAAGAAUAUCCACCAGCUGGUCCUGCUGAAGUUAAAGAAUAUCCUCCAGCUGGUCCCAGUGAUGUGCAACAAUAUCCACCAGCAGGUUCUGCUGAAGUUAACCAAUAUUCUCCAGCUGAUCCUGGCGAAGUUAACCAAUAUCCACCAGCUGGUCCUGCUAAAGUUAAAGAAUAUUCUUCAGCUGGUCCUGGUGAAGUUAAAAAAUAUCCACCAGCUGGUCCUGAUGAAGUGAAACAAUAUCCACCAGCAGGUCCUGCUGAAGUUAAAGAAUAUUCUCCAGCUGGUCCUGUUGAAGUUAAACAAUAUCUGCCAGCAGCUCCUGGUGAAUUUAAAGAAUAUCCACCCGCUGGUCCUAGUGAAGUUAAAGAAUAUCCACCAGCUGGUCCUGCUGAAGUUAAAGAAUAUUCUCCAGCUGGUCCUGGUGAAGUUAAACAUUAUCUACCAGCAGGUCUUGGUGAAGUUAAAGAAUAUCCACCAGCUGGUCCUAGUAAAGUUAAAGAAUAUCCACUAGCUGGUCCUAGUGAAGUUAAAGAAUAUCCACCAGCUGGACCCGGUGAAGUUAAAGAAUAUAUGCCAGCUGGACCUAGUGAAGUCAAAGAAUAUCCCCCAACUGGACCUGGUAAAGUUAAAGAAUAUCCAUCAGCUGGACCUGGUGAAGUUAAAGAAUAUCCACCUACCGGACCUGGUGAAGUUAAGGAAUAUCCAUCAGCUGGACCUGGUGAAGUUAAAGAAUAUCCACCUACCGAACCUGGUGAAGUUAAAGAAUAUCCAUCAGCUGGACCUGAUGAAGUUAAAGAAUAUCAACCAACUGGUCCUGGUGAAGUUAAAAAAUAUCCUGUAGCUGGUCCAGGUGAAGUUAAAUACUAUCCACCAGCUGGUUCUGGUGAAGUUAAAGAAUAUCCUUCAGCUGGUCCUGAUAAAGUAAAACAAUAUCCACCAGCUGGUCCUGAUGAAAAAAAGGAAUAUCCACCAACUGGUACUGCCAAAAAUAAAGAACAUUCAUCAGCUGGUCCAGGUGAGGUAAACGAAUAUCCACUAAUUGGUUCUGAUGAAGAGAAAAGAUAUCCAACAGUCGGUCCAAAUGAUAAUAGGAAAUAUCCUCCGAUACCUGAUUUACAAAUAGAAGCAACUUUACCCCCUUCUACUCCAGCUUUGGUUCCAGUGGACCUCGGUAAGCCACCAUCAGAAUAUCAAGGGUCGCCUUCACCUCCUCCUGUUAAUCCAUCAAUCUCAUAUACAGUCCCUUCUGCUGCAUGAGGCAAGCCUUCUGUUUCUGUUUUAACAAAAAAAAAUUUCCUUUUGCUUUAUUUCUGGUUCUAAUAAGUUUCCAACUACAGUUGAUUAUACAUCAACUAAAAUAACAACUACAUAAAGCGUUUGUAAAUCUUAAGAUUCAAAAUGUGUAUUAGUAUUAUUAUUGAUACAUAUCAAAUAAAAAGUACAAGUUCGGUCUUAA